GUCCAAUAAACCUAGAGCAAUUAUUUGGAGAAUAAAGAAAAAAGUAACUCGUUUUUAGCAAAUUUCCAAUAUGGGUUUAAAAGCAUCUCUUAAAGUGUGUAAUUCUUUUUUUUUAAAAGAGUUACGGCCUUUUCUAAACAACUUUAUUUUUCGCUUAUUACAUCCAACUGUCGCACAAGAAAAUUCUACUACAAGCACGACUUUAUCUCAACCUUUUGAAGUGAGGUACCCGUUCCGUUACCACAAACCACCGACAGAGGCUUCCGGCUCCAUGAGCUACGACUCGAGCAACCCGUACGACAGCAUACCUUCACCGAAAGGCUUUCCUUUGUUCGGUACAAUCUUCAGUAUCUUCUUUAGAGGGGGUGCUCCAAAAAUCCAUGAAUAUUGUGACCGGCGACAUAACGAAUUGGGUCGUGUCUAUCGCGAGAAGCUGGGGGUUGUUGAAGCUGUUUUUGUGGCCGACAGUGAACUUAUUCAACAGAUUUAUCAGAACGAGGGCCGCUACCCCAUGCACAUGGUCCCGGAACCUUGGAUAAUUUACAAUGAGAUCAACGGUAUUCAAAGGGGACUUUUUUUUAUAUCGUACGUGAAAGAUAAUAUUAAAGAACUCUCUUCCAAAUCCGAAAUGGGACAACCGAUAGAGGGCGCCCUCAGCCAGUUGUUAUUUCACGACAACUUGGAUGAGGAAGAAGUCGUUCGAAUCGUUGCGGAUCUUUUUCUUGCUGCAGCUGACACGACGUCGCAUGCCACACAAUGGGCACUCUAUAUGCUGGCAAAAAAUCCCAAGUUCCAGGAAAGACUUGUAGAAGAACUGAACGGAGUAGUUCCUUCUGGAGAAGUCGUUGGAGAAUAUCAUCUCCAAAAUCUUCGUUUUCUGAAAGCAGUCAUCAAGGAGACUCUCCGAUUAUAUCCGGUGGCCCCCUUCCUAACGCGGACUCUGUCGCAAGAUGUCGUUCUGAAUGGCUACGAAAUACCAGCGGGAAAGCUAAUUCUCAUGUCGCUGUACACAACAGGAAGAGAUCCUAAAUAUUUUCCAAACCCUAAUCAAUUCGUGCCUGAUAGGUGGCUACGCAAUCGGGACAUUCAUGACGUCAUCAGUACCUUUGCGUCCCUACCUUUCGGCUACGGUCCUCGAUCGUGUAUAGGACGUCGAGUAGCAGAGAUUCAAAUGGAACUUCUUCUGGCAAGAACAGUCCAGGCAUUCCAUCUGGAAGACGCUAAUAUGAGAGACGUAGGGAUCAUCAUGAGGAUGAUAACGACUCCCGAUGAACCAAUAAAACUACGUUUGAGAGAUCGGAUCGAUUGAACAUUUUGGUUUAACAAUUAGUAAAUACCUCCGUUAUCAAUGGGAACUUUAAAUGUCUCCUUUUGUAAAUACAGAAUUAUAUGAAACUGUAUCUCUGGGCCACAACGUACCGGUUACUUUAGUUAAGGAUAACAAUGAAAUUCAAAUUAGCUCAUUCAAUGCAGUCAUUCUUAUGUUUUUAGCAGUAGUAUAAAUACAUAGUGGUUUUAAUGAUCUUAGUACUAUAGUCUUUCCGUGCAACGGGACUUCUAGAUAACUUAGUGAUGACGCUAGAACACUUCAAAAAAAAAGAAAAAAAGAAAUUAGUGUUAAGAUUAAAGGUAUUUUAAUAUCGGGUAAUUUUUAUUUUUAUUUACUUAACAUCGUCAGAGUUCUUGUAAACGUACGUCUAUAUUUUAUUUUUACUUAUUUGUAGUAUACGUAGAAACAUUUAACUGUUAGUGUUACCAUCAUCCCAUUUUAAAGUUCCCCCAACUUAGGCAAUAAAAGCUGGUAUGUAAUUAUA